CUCUACCAGCAAUCCUCAGAGACAUACACAACAAUACAAUAACAGAGACGCCAGCAGACGCUCGCCAAUGCUAAGACACGUCUUAGGGCGAGCAAUUAUAUAACCGUAUGACGUCUCUCUAUCGUACAAUGACAGUUAAGAACUCCUAAGUCAUCAUAGUUUGACAGUACUUACGAAGAAGGCAUCUCUGUUACUGGCGUUGACUUCUGGGGGUGAAAUUACAGUAAGAGAGAAACUGGAAACCUUUGCCUGGAACAACUCAGGUGGAACUUUGAAACUGAGGAUAAAAUGACUAGCAAUAAAUUCGACGAUAUCCUCACCACCCUGGGGACUGGAAGAUGGAACAUUCUCUUCUUUAUUUGCGAUGCUUUCUGUGAGCUCAUAUACCCACCCCACUACCUGAGUGGCGUCUACCUGGCACCGGAAGUUGGUUACACCUGCAUACCCCCAGAUUAUCCCAACGUGACGGGUGUUUCUGAAAAUUCAUGCAGCUAUUAUAUGAAUACAACAACAGCUGAAGGAGAUGCAGUGAGAGAAGAACACCCUUGCACUGACUGGGUCUUCGACAACUCGACGUACAAAUCCACUCUUACUUCUGAGUUCAAGCUGGUCUGCGGGCAGGCCUACCUGAAAGCCACCUACCAGGGUAUACCAAUGAUGGCCACCAUAUUCACCUGUACAUUAACUGGAUACCUCUCGGAUCGGUACGGAAGGAAAACAGUCAUGGUGGUGACGCAGAUCAUCCACUCCAUUCUCACGCUCUCCAUCGUCUUCGCAAACGACAUGACUGUGAUUCUCGUCCUGCGUUUUCUUCAGGGGAUCUUCGCCACUAAUUCUACUUAUGCCCUGGCUCUGGAGGCAUGCGAGGUCAAAUGGAGAUCAAUCGUUGGCAUCCUCAUUGCCCUGCCCUGGGCACUGGGCAUGAUGGCGUGGGGGGGCAUAGCCUACCUGAUAAGAGACUGGCGCAUUUUGCAGUUGUCCGUGUCUCUGCCGCUGUUCCUGAGACUCGGUUUCCAUUUCUUCAUAGACGAAUCUCCCAGAUGGCUCAUCCUCAAAGGUCAAGAGCAAAGGGCCCUCAAGAUCCUACACAAAGCUGCCCGCUUGAACGGUUCCCAGCUGCCCAGUGAUGAGCGGCUGAACGAGAUCUUCAAGGAGAUGCAGCUGGAGCAAAAUGGUGAGACAGAUAAGAAAAAGACUGGAGCUAAGAAACAGUUUUCAUCGUAUGUCCCAACAUUAUUCAGAACCCCAAAAAUCCGUUUCAGGACCAUCCUGCUUUCCAUCAUCAUGUUCACCUCGGCCCUCGUCUACACAGGUCUCACUCUGAGUGGGGAUAGUUACAGUACCGACCCUUUCUUGUAUAUAGUUUUGGCAGGUCUUAUGGAGACCCCAGCUUACACUGUAGCUGCUCCCCUUAUCAACUGGUUGGGGAGGAAGAAACCUGCAAUGUUCUUCUUCACUUUCUGCGGCGUAGUGGUUCUGGCCCUGGCCUUCAUCCCUGAUGACGUGUCUUGGCUCAUCAUGACGCUCGCAAUGUUGGGCAAGCUGUGCAACAGCAUGGCUUUCAUGGUCCUGUUCGUGUACAUGAACGAACUAUUCCCGACCGAAGUCAGAAUGCAAGGAUGCGGAUUCGCCAUCACCAUGGUGUGCGUAGGGACAGCCAUAACUUCUUACGUCACGGAUUACCUGGGCCCAGUUAUACCCUGGGCACCUUCAGUGAUCUUUGGGCUCUCGUCUUUAGUGGCUACUCUCCUCCUGAUACCCCUGCCCGAGACUAGAGGGAUGCCCAUGAUAGAGACUGUGGAAGCCUUGGAGGGGAGUGGUGGAAGGUAUGAUCAUGCCCAGGAGAAAUUGAUGCCGAACACAGAAGCAUCAAGAGAAGAACGGAAGAAAUUCAGAGGAGUUUCAAGGACUAGACUGAACUGCGCAGAUAUUUUCAAAAAGAUGGUGACCAACAAACUUGAGGACCUCCUGACUUCCUUGGGAACAGGACCGUGGAACCUGCUUUAUUUUCUGUGUGACAUGUAUGCCGAGUUAGUUCUCCCAGCUCAAUACCUGAACGGGGUAUUUUUGGCACCGGAAGUAGGGUACACCUGUGUACCCCCAGAGAAUCACACAGGUGUUUCUGAAGAUUCCUGUAGCUAUUACGUGAAUGCAACUACAGCUGAAGGAAAUACAGUAAGGGAAGUUUAUCCAUGUACAGAUUGGGUCUUUGACAAUACAACUCACGAGUGGACUCUGACCUCUGAAUUCCAGCUGGUCUGUGGAAAGGCUUACCUGAAAGCUACAUAUCAGGGGAUGCAAAUGAUUGCCACCAUUUUUACCUGUAGCUUCACUGGAUACCUUUCAGACAGGUUUGGCAGGAAGACAGUCCUGGUGGUGACACAGAACAUCCACUCCAUCCUCUGCCUCAGCAUCGUGUUCUCCCGAGACUUCACUUUGAUUCUCGCCCUCCGGUUUCUGCAGGGAUGCGUUUCAGCGAAUGGCGCCCACCCGUUGGCUCUGGAGGUGGCGGAGCUGAGAUGGCGAUCCGUUGUGGGUAUCAUCAUUGCCCUGCCCUGGUCAUUUGGCAUGAUGGCAUGGGGGGGAAUGGCAUCCGUCAUCGGGGACUGGAGGAUCCUUCAGGUGGCUGUGACGUUACCUCUGCUCUUGAGAGUGGUCUUUCAUUUCUUGAUAGAUGAAUCGCCCCGCUGGCUGAUCCUGAAAGGGAAAGAAGAUGAGGCGAUUAGAGUCCUACGCAAAGCUGCCCGGUGGAACAAGGUCGAGUUGCCCUCUGAUGAGAGACUGAAGGAGAUUUUCAAGGAGAUCCAAGAUGAGCAAAAUGUUACUGCAGUAAAGGAGAAGAGAGAAGAGAAGCAAUUGAUAAAUUACAUUCCAACAUUGCUUAGAACUCCAAAGGUUCGUUCCAUGACCAUCCUACUCUCCUCUGUGCUGUUCAGCUCGUCCGUCGUCUACGCUGGCCUCACCCUAAGCGGAGACAUCUACAGCACAGACCCUUUCCUCUACAUUGUUCUCGGAGGGGUCAUGGAGAUUCCAGCUUACACUGUGGCUGCCCCUCUCAUCAACUGGCUGGGGAAGAAGAAGCCCAUUAUCUUCUUCCUCAUUUUCUGCGGAGUGGCUGUGCUGGCCCUGGCCUUCAUACCAGAGGAUCUGUCUUGGCUCGUCACCACGCUGGCAAUGCUGGGGAAACUGUGCAACUGUAUGGCAUUCAUGUCUCUCUUUGUGUACUUGAACGAACUCUUCCCAACGGAGGUCAGGAUGCAAGGACUAGGCGUAGGUGUGACCCUGUCUUGCGUCGGAAGCGCCAUCGCUCCUUACGUCACAGAUUAUCUGGGCCCCAUCACACCCUGGGCACCCUCCGUGAUCUUUGGACUCUCGUCCAUAGUGGGCAGCUUCCUCUUGCUGCCCUUGCCAGAAACCAAAGGACGCCCCAUGAUCGAGACCGUCGAAGCCCUGGAGAGGCGUAGCUCUUCGAAGACGCACCGAGCGUCAGGUACUGAAGAAAAGGACACCUUCAUCGGGGCAAAGAGUCCAAAUGGUGUCGAGCUCAAAAACCUCAAGGUGACAUGUGGCUAA